CAACGGAAUUCGCCCGAACAGCUUCACCACCACAAACCUUGAUCAAUACCACUUCUUGAUCUCCGUUCUUUCAUAUAUCUGUUCACACUACAAUGCCAAUGAUCAUCCCUCAAGUCGCCGACGCCGGUGCUGCUGUCGAAGAUGCUAACGUUCUUGGAUACAACCCCUUGAUCCCUCCGUCACUCCUUCAGCACGAGCUCCCCGCCUCCGAGCAGUCCAGGGCUACCGUCGUUGCUGCCCGCCAGGAGGCUGUUCGUGUCAUCAAGAAGCAGGACGACCGUCUCCUCGUCGUUGUCGGCCCCUGUUCCAUUCACGACCCUGCUACCGCUGUCGAAUACUGUGAGCGCCUUUUGAAGGUCCGGGAAGAGCUCAAGGAUGACCUUCUCAUCAUCAUGCGUGCCUACCUCGAGAAGCCCCGUACCACCGUCGGAUGGAAGGGUCUCAUCAACGACCCCGACUUGAACGGCUCCUACGAGGUCAACAAGGGUCUUCGCAUCUCUCGCGGUCUUUUCUGCCAGUUGACCGGUAUGGGAAUGCCCAUCGCUUCCGAAAUGCUCGACACCAUCUCUCCUCAGUUCUUGGCUGAUCUCCUCUCUCUCGGUGCUAUCGGCGCCCGUACGACCGAGUCGCAGCUCCACCGUGAGCUCGCUUCCGGUCUCUCCUUCCCCAUCGGAUUCAAGAACGGUACCGACGGCUCUAUCGACAUCGCUGUUGACGCCAUUCGCGCCGCUGCUCACCCUCACCACUUCCUCGGUGUUACCAAGCAGGGUCUCGCCGCUAUCACCAUGACCAAGGGUAACGAUGCUUCCUUCGUUAUUCUCCGUGGUGGUAAGGCUGGACCUAACUACUCUGCUGAGCACUGUAAGGCAGUCCGUGAGAAGCUCGCCAAGGCCAAGUUGCCCGAGGUUAUGAUGAUCGACUGCUCUCACGGUAACUCCAGCAAGGACCACAGAAACCAGCCCAAGGUUGCCGGCAACAUUGCUGAGCAGAUUGCUGCCGGUAACGACUCUAUUGUCGGUGUCAUGAUUGAGUCCCACAUCAACGAGGGUCGUCAGGAUGUGCCUGCUGAGGGUCCUUCCGGUUUGAAGAAGGGUGUCUCCAUCACUGAUGCCUGUAUCGACUUCGAGUCCACCGUUACUGUGUUGCAGAACCUUGCCGCGUCCGUUCGCGCGAGAAGGUCCGCGACCAACGGGAAGGCCUAAAUUGUUCGUUUUCUUUGUUGAUCAUCGGUUAGUUAUCUUGUUUGGAGUUAUUGUUUCUGGUUCAACGAAAAAUGGGGUGUGUUUGAUUAUGUGGACAUGGUGAAAGUGGACUGGGAU